CCUAUCGUGCACCAGCAGACGCUCACAGCUCCCUUUCGCCCUUGGCUGGCCUGGGAAGUGUCUGGGAAUCGCCAAGGUGAAGGAAUCCUCCGGGGCCAUGGACGAGCUCGGAGGGGUAGAUGAAAUCUUAAGAUAAAGACCGGGAUCCAUGGCUUCUCCUAACUAAUAUCCCCAUCUUCUUUCCUCUCUUGCUCACUUUUCUCUCUCUGUUCUUUCAUCUUUUUGGUGAUUAUACUUUGCGUAGGGAUGACUCUACCUGGGUUUUCCAGUUGAGUAGCGUGAGCUUCUUUGCUCGUGACAGCCCGAAUUUGCUUCUUCUUCUUCUUCUUCUUCUCUUCAGCAAUGGCUUCUUCUUCUUCGUCAUCCAGAAGCCGCGGUCACGCUGAGCAAACCAGUUUCAUUGGACCCAUCCUGGAUAGGCUCUCGCAUCUGGAAAGGCAACUCUAUGAUAAGGCCAAAGUUCCACUUACAGAUGACGACGGUGAUCAGAAAAGGCGCAGUCAGUUCGAGAAGUGGUGCAGGGAACUCAAUUAUAUCAGAUCUGCCUUCUCGAAGCUCGGUCCUUUCGGGAUUCAUGUCGAGGACAGGCUGUCUCAGCUGGAGAACUGCCUCCGGGAUGUUCUAGAGAGUGGAUCCGUAUCUGCCGAACAAAUUCAAUCCCAGCUUCGCCCGAUUCCCAGCAGUAUUGCCAAUUUGAGAGCCCUGCUUCCAUCGUUGCCCCAGGCGACCUCUGGUCCUCGCCGUACCGAUAACAGUGUGCCAACUAACAAUCGGACUUAUGUCCAUAACGAGUUACUCGAGCAAAUUACGGAUGAUGGUGGCAGUUUCCUGCAGGAGGAACUCCUUGGGGACCUAAACGAUCAAAGGAAGCAGCUCUUGCUGUAUUUCGCAGCCUUUCCGUUUGGCAGGGUCAUCAGCAAGAGAGUCCUGAAGAAUUGGUGGAUUGGAGAUUCAGUAGCUCUUUUGCGACUGCCUCCUGACGAAGCAGAGAACAGGGCGGAUCGAGUACUUGAGGAACUGGUGUUGAGGUGUCUCAUUGAAGAGGUCCAGGAGCAACGCAGACUGAUUGGGUUCAGGAUGUCCAAUCGCUGGGUUCACUUUGCAGUGGUCAGGCUUGCAGAGCAACGUAAUUUCUGUCAUUUCAAUCGCGAGGGAAAUCCUACUUUGGAGUCGCUGAGGUUGUAUUUGGUGCAUAACAAAGACUACCGAAAUGCAAGGCUCGAUGAGGUUGUGACGGUGCUCAAUAUAAGCGAGUCAUACCCCACUUUCAAACCAGAGUUCUUCUCUAAGGCGAAGGAAAUCAGAGUUCUUUGUCUCGGAAAUUGGCAGAUCAGCAAUGACCAUACUGAAGUAGAGAGCACUGAGUUUCUGAAUGGCCGGAAAAUCUUGAAGAAGUUGAGGUUCUUCAGUCUCCGGGGUGUUUCAAGAGUGUUUGAGCUUCCUGAUGCUCUGUGCAACCUCAGUUCUUUGUGGAUGCUCGAUUUGAAUGCGUGUCACAGCCUUGAAGAGCUGCCCGAGGGGAUAGGCUCCCUCAAGAGUCUGAAUUAUUUGGAUAUCUCAGAGUGUUACUUGCUGGAUAGGAUGCCCAAGGGAUUGGCCUCCCUCACUGAACUCAGGGUGCUCAAAGGGUUCUUGAUCAUCGACACCACAUCUGGAAUACCUUCUUGCUCCUUCCAGGAAUUGGCAGGAUUGAAGAAACUGAAAAAGCUGAGUAUCAACACUAACAGGAGCGAAUUCCCUGAAGAUGAUGACCUUGAUACUUUCAGAAACUUUCCACAACUUGAGAAGUUGACUAUUUCAUGGGGAGGCAAAUCAGGACAGGCUGAUGAAGCCAACAGUACAUCCAACCCAGAGGAGUCAGGAAUCCAAUCCCGACAAGCUAAUAGUUCCUCAAAUCCAAACCAGAAUUACAAUCCGCAGAAACUAAUAUUCACUCAAACACUGGGAGAGCUGCUUCAGGUCAUCCGGAAGACACGGCAGCAGGACCAACAUAGUCAACCGACAACAAUCCCCUCAAUAUAGAGGAUAAUCAAGAGGGAACCGCUAGUGCUGCAGAACCAAAACGAAAGGGUGUCAGAAGUCAAGAUACUGCCGAGGAUGCUGCUGUUGAAGAGACAGGUCCAAGGCGAAUGGAAGGGACUGCUAAUGCUGGAGAAAUAGUUGCACAAACCGAGUAUGCACAAAAAGGGGAUUCUGCAAGUGCAGUCCGUGCUGGAAAUACUUUCAAGGGAAAGGAAAGCGAAGUGAAACAAAAGGGAGUUAGUACAGGAGAUGAGGCAAAACCACAGCAGAAAACGAACAAAAAAAUGAAACCAUAUAAGAAAUUACCUUCGAAAUUACAUUCGAUAUUAAGUUUCAAAGAGCCGGAUAAAGCAACUUCCAAGUGUGAUGAGAUCCUUCCGAGAUUAGAGAAGUUGAAUCUCCAAUGUUAUCCUGAGGAGAGAGCUCCGGCUUGGUUGAUACCUAGGAACAUGAAGCACCUGAAAAAGUUAUACAUCGAAGGUGGCAAGCUCCGCACUCUUGGUAACGUUGGCGGCAACAGUGCCUGGAAAGUUGAGAUAUUACGGCUGAAGUUCUUAGAGGAGCUGCAGCUGGAGACGAGUCCGGAAGCUCUGAGAGCGUUGUUUCCUGAGCUGAUCUACCUGGAGAAAGUCCAAGAUGGGAAGCUUAUUACCUGCGAACGCAACAGGAAGGGAGAGUUGGAGGAGAAGGAACCAAGGGAUUAUGAGAUAAAAUUUCUCCAGGAGAAAAGCAUAGAGAAGAAGAACGGGGUGAAUCAAGGUUCGGAAAACGAAGCUUUUGAGCAGCGAUCGCUCUAUUUCGCUAAUGAUAGUAAGGCUUAAACCUAAUUUUGGUUUUUGUUUGUCUUACGAUAAAUUGAUUGAUUUGAUUGCUUCAGGUCAUAUGCUUGUAGUUCUGCAAUUGUCAAUGCUCUCUUUUGUUUUUGUGUGUGGGGAUUAUCGUAUUGAACACUAUAAAUGCGUUCUUUAUCUGCUUAUGGGAGAACUUAGGGAGAGUUAAGGUGAACUUUGGUGCUCUCCCUAAUUCCAAAGUUUUCAUGUGAUUAGGUUCU